AUGGCUGACGAGGAAAGAGUCCCUGCCCCCUACUUUCAGGAUGACGAAGAGGGAGUUCCAUCCGAUGACGAAGAGGGUGUCGAUCUCAUGAGAGCGGAUGGCAACCUCGUCGGCUCUGGGGGCGAGGACAGUAGCGAUGAAGACGAAGAUGAUGAUCCAGAAGAGGCUCGACGUAUUGCAGAAGGUUUCAUCGCAGAGGACGACGAGGAAGAGGAGGAGGACGACGAAGCACGCAAAGAGCGCAAGAGGCGCAGAAAGAAAAAAAGAAAGCAGACCGAGGAGGACUUUGAGGUUGACGAGGAUGAUCUCGAGCUGCUCGCCGAAAACACAGGUCAGUCUCGCCGCAAAGAGGCCGGCCGCCUCAAGCGUUUCCGACGGGGUUCCGCCUCUCCGCCAGCAGACGACGAGGCUGCCGCUAGGCAAAAGACGCUCGACCAGAUCUUCGAGGACGACGACGACGACGAGGAUGACGACAUUCGCUCUGGUCGUCGCGGCGUCAAUUACGACGAUGACGACGAGGACCUGCCAUCCGUCGGCCAAGCACUUCGCGCCGGUGUCGCGCGCAAACAACGUGAGGCGGUCGGAGGCUACGAGGACGACGGUCUCGACGACUUUAUCGAAGAGGAUGAGGACGACGAAGAGAUGCAGGGCCUCGACGAGGAUGAGCGAGAAGCGAGACGCCAGGAGAGGCGCGAGGAAAAGCGCCGCGCACGCAUGUCUGGAUCUGCAGCCGACCCAGCCAAGGCCGGCAUCGAUCGCGAGGCUUGGGACGAGAUCCAUGAGAUUUUUGGUAAUGGCGAGGACUACUUUUGGGCGCUCGAGGACGAGGACGAGGACGUCUUCGACGAGGAAAAGAAGAACAAGAUGGAGUACAAGGACAUAUUCGAGCCCGCACAGAUUGCGGAGCGCAUGCUGACCGAAGACGACGAGCGCAUCAAGCGCAUCGACAUCCCAGAACGUCUCCAACUUUCUUGCCCGGGCGAAGAGGGUCUCAAGCUACUCGAACGAAAGCUCACAGAUGCAGAGCUCUUCCAAGCAGCCAAAUGGGCCUCCACCCGUAUCUCGACCAGGACCGCCGCCGAGUUUCUCGACGAAGCCGGACUCUUCCACCGCCAACGCUCUGACUUCAUCAAUGCUGUCCAGCUUAUGCUCUCGUACAUGCUCAACGACCUACUCGAGGUGCCCUUCCUUUUCCAGCACCGAUUCGAUGAGCUCGAACUUCUCAUCGUGGACGAAGUCGAUCGAACGCCUCGCACCAUCGACCUCCUCACCCGUCGAGAACUUUACACGCUCAGUGGACUUGCGUUCAAGUUCAAGACCCUACUCGUUCGCAAGGAUCAGCUGCGCGCCACUUUCAACAAGAUCCAUGUCGAUGUCAAACAUGAGCCUGGUGCAGAAGAUCUUGGCGAAAGCGAAGCGUCUCAAGCCACUCGCGCCGAAUCUUCGCAACGUCAAAGGGCCAUCUUCGAAGACAUGCUUGCGCAAGCUUCCAGUCUCGAGGAGAUCUCUGACAUCACCGAGUAUCUCACUCUCCGGUACGGCCAAAAGAUGCGCGAUGCCCAGGCUCUAACCACCAACGGCUCAGAUCAGGCAGCAGAGGACAUGGAAGGUCUCACUUUGAAUGGCGAGCCCCUCGUCGGCGCCACGCCCGGCUUCAAGAAGCCCAGCCUUGUCGGCCAGUAUGAGCGCACCAAGAACACCGUCAUCUCGGAGCUCGCAAACAAAUUAGGCAUCUCCUCCGACGAUCUUGCUUCCAACAUCACCAGUCACACUCGCCAGUACUCUCCUCGUGAUCCGGAAGAGUCGCCCUUCAAGUUUGCCGAGCAAUUCACAGGUUCUGCGUGGGGAGCACACUCGCCCGAGAUUGCUCUUGCCAAGGCCAAGAUGAUGCUGAGCCAAGAGAUUGGCAAAGACCCUAUCUUGAAGCGAGAGAUGCGCCAGCUCUUCAAGGACGCCGCCGAGAUCAACAUCGAGCCUACCGAGCGUGGCAUGACCGUCAUCGACGACCAGCAUCCUUAUGCCAACUUCAAGUUCAUCCUCAACAAGCCAGCUCGUCUGGUGCCACAACAGCCCUCGCAGUAUCUGCAGAUGCUGCAGGCCGAGGACGAGCUUCUGAUCAAACUCGACAUCAACCUCAAGGACGUUGUGCUCUCGCGUUUCGAGACACGUCUCUAUAACAACUACGCCAGCGAAGGUGUGAGCGAGGUCAGCAAGGCAUGGAAUGAGCAGAGGCGCGAAGUGAUCCGAGAGGCGCUCAAAGUCCACCUCGUUCCCAACGGCCGCAUCUGGCUCAAGGAGUGGCUCCGCGAAGAAUCGCGAGAGAUGCUGCUGCGCCACAUCGAUGUGCUCAUGACCAAGCGCGUCGAAAAGGGACCCUUCAUGUCCAGGAGCAUGAUCGCACGCAACCGCGAUCCCAAGAUCGAGGAGUUGGAUCGCACACCGCGGGUGCUCGCCGUCUCGCAUGGCGGUGGUGACCCGAGAAAGGACGUUGUGCAGGCCGUCUACCUCGACGAGCGAGGCCGCCUCCGUGAGCAUGCCACUUUCGACGACUUGCGCCCGCUGACACAGCGUCAGUUGCAGGAACGCGAGCUCGAGUUGGAGCGCACACGAGGCAAGGCGGAAUUUGCCGACCACCGAGCCGACUUUGUCAAGCUGCUUAAGCAGCGCAGGCCAGACGUGAUCGUUGUCAGCGGCUGGAGUGUACGCACCGCAGAGCUCAAGAAGAACGUCAGGGAGCUUGCGGCUAUGGCGCAUCAAGAGAUCUGCGACGCUGACCGUCUCGACACCGACCUGGAACGCGAGCAGGCAGCCAUCGACGUCGUCACAUGCCACGACGACGUUGCGCGCAUCUACCAGCACAGCAGCCGUGCCGCUGAAGAGUUCCCUGAACUCCAGGAGCUCGGCCGCUAUUGUCUUGCGUUGGCUCGAUAUGCGCAAUCGCCCGUCAACGAGUUCGCAGCGCUGGGCAACGAUCUCACCGCCGUCAUUCUCGACCCCAACCAGCGCUUGCUGCCGCAGGAUCGCUUGCGUCUUCACCUUGAGCGCUGCAUCGGUGCUGUUGUCAACGACAUGGGUGUUGAAAUUAACCAGGCCAUGACGAGCACUUACACGCAAACAAUGUUACCGUUCGUCGCUGGUCUUGGUCCGAGAAAGGCGCAAGCUCUGGUCAACGCCAUCAGCACCAAGCUCGAAGGUACGCUCAUCAACCGAACACUGCUACUCUCGAGGAACAUUUUGACGUUCCAGGUAUUCCAGAACUGUGCGUCCUUCCUCCGCAUCGAGCAGGAUCUGCUGCUCGAGGCUGACGAGGACGAUGUGCCGGACGUGCUCGACAGCACACGCAUCCAUCCCGAGGACUACGAUUUCCCGCGCAAGAUGGCCGCCGAUGCUCUCAACAAGCACGAGGAGGACCUUGAGGGAGAGCAUCCUAGUCUGCCAUGCAAGGAGCUCAUGGAGGACGCCGAUCCUGCCGACAAGCUCAACACGCUCGACCUAGACAACUACGCAACGAUGCUGUUCGAGCGUAAAGGCGAGCGCAAGCGCGCCACACUGCACUCCUGCCGAAGCGAGCUCAUCAAGCCGUACUAUGACCUGCGCGAGGUCCAGACCGAGCCCACACCGGAAGAGAUUCUGACCAUGUUUACCGGUGAAACACCCAAGACAUUGGCGAAAGGUUUCGUCGUUUCGGUCGAGGUGAUGCGGGUGCAAGAGGGCAGCCGAAUGCAGGAGGGCCGCAUCUUGUGCCGACUCGACUCGGGCAUUGAAGGCACGAUCGAGGCCGAGCACACGGUGGACAACUAUGCGCCGGGAUCAGUACGCCUGCGCGACCUGGUGCGACCUCAGCAGACGCUGGACGCGCUGGUUCGCCAGAUCGACCUCGAGCAGUGCACGGUGCAGCUGAGCAUCAAACCUUGGGACCUGCAACAUCGUGCCACGCAUCAAGGCAAGACGCCACUCGAUCCCAAGUUCUAUGACAUGAGGAAAGCCGAGCAGUGGAACGAACAGGCGGCGGCUAAGGCCAAGUUGCGCGUCCAGGCGCGUCGACAGAACCGAGUCAUCGACCACCCCAACUAUCACAACUUCAACUACAAGUCGGCUGUGCAGUUCCUCGCCAGCCAGCCUCGAGGCUCGGUGGUCGUGCGUCCGAGCAGCAAGGGUGACGACCACCUUGCCGUGACGUGGAAGGUGGACGAUGACGUGUACCAGAACAUCGACGUGCUGGAACUCGACAAGGAGAGUGAGUACUCACUCGGACGAGUGCUGCGUAUCGAGGGCAUGGGGUCGUACUCGGACUUGGACGAGCUGAUUGUCAACCACGUCAAGCCGAUGGUGCAUAUGGUGGAGAUGAUGAUGAACCACGAAAAAUACAAGGGCGCCGACGAGGAGGACCUGCACCGCUUCUUGACCAACUGGUCGCUGGCGAACCCUUCGCGUUCGGUGUAUGCCUUUGGUCUCAACAAGGAUCGACCUGGCUACUUCAACCUGUCGUUCAAGGCGAACCGUGAUGCGGCGAUUCAGACGUGGCCGGUCAAGGUGCUACCCAACGCCUUCAAGCUGGGACCUGCUGAUCAGCUCGCGGACGUCGCGGCGCUGUGUAACGCGUUCAAGACGCAGUACACGACGCAAGCGAGUAUGGCGCGCGGCGCAAAGACGCCGUAUGGUGGCGGACGGACGCCGGCUCCCGGCCUGGGUGGUGCGACGCCGAUGGGCGGGCGUACACCAUACGGUGGAGUCAGGAACGGCAUAGCCGGCGGAGCCACACCUGGACUGGGCGCUGCGGGUGGAUACGGUACUCCGAUGAUGAACGUGGCUUCGGCCACACCCAACCCGUAUGGCGGCGGUGCCUACGGUCGCAACGGUCCCAGCAUCGGCACAGGUGGGGGAGGAUACGGUGCGCCACCUCCUCCCGGUCGACCACCCGCGAUGCCCGGGGCUCCUCCUAUGAUGCCUCCUGGAAUGGUCAGCGGUGGUGGCGGUGCUCCUCCCAGCUAUCCUCCUCCCUACGGUGGUGGUGCAGGCGAGCCCGGACCGCCACCUUCGCGUCCGCCAGUGCCACACGGCAUGCACCCGGACCGCUUUGCUCAGGCUGAGUACGGUGGCCAUGGCGGAGGUGGCCAGCAACCUUAUGGAGGAAACAAUGGCAGUGGUGGUGGAUACGGCGGAGGAGGAGGUUACCGGUACUGA